AUGGAAGGAGGCGUAUCUGAGGAGGCUUUGGCCGUGGUGGUCGCUCCUGUGGGUUCCUUGGAGCCCAAGAUGAAAGAGGAGAAACCUUGCCCAUCCUCAAUGCCUGACCUGUUAUCCUACUGGAAGGAAAAAGAAGAGGAGGAAGAGGGGAACGCUGCUGACCUCGGCAGUUUUUCACCCUCUCCUUCUGUCCCAACGGUGGUGAAGCAGCACCGCCCUUCCGAAGUCCACGAGAUGCUUUCCUACUUAAAAAAGGAGGAGGAGGAGGAGGAGGAGGAGGAAGAGCUGGCUGAGAUAGCAUCCCUGGCCCCUCUACGUGUUCUUCCACCCCCUGCUCCCCCUCCUGUUCUACCAGCCUAUAUGGCUACACUGGGUAGGUCCAUCCUUCCGGGAGAAAGGAAGAUGUUCCCUUUUUUCACGCCCGUAACCCACCUCUCUGAUUCAACUCAUGCCAAGCGUGUCCGUGACCGGGAGAUCUUAACAGCGGGUGGAGUCCCAUCACCUGUGCAGAAGAAAACCACCUCGGCUGUUUGGGAUUACUUCACUCUGGACCCACAGGAACCUUGCGUGGCUGUUUGUAGCACGUGCCAGAAACGGGUGAGGAGAGGAAAGGACGGAGGCACCCGACCGGGCACCACAGCCCUCCAUAAGCACUUGAAGGUCCACCAUGGGCUUCUCCUGCCAGGUGUUGCGGUGGUUCCUCCAUCUCCGCUGAUGCCCCUAAAGGAGAGGUCCCACAGCACUCCCAUGGUGGUCACCGAGCCUUCUCCUCCAACCUUCCUAUUUGCCCGGCAAGAGAGGAACCAACCCUACUACCCUCCCACCCACCCAACAGCCAUCCAGUUGGCUUCCGAUACCGCAUGGAUGCUCGCGGUGGACAUGCAGCCUUUCUCCUGCGUGGAGAGUGAAGGAUUUUGUCGGCUGAUGGCCACCGCUCAGCCUCGUUGGAUGAUCCCUAGCCGGACGUUCUUCGCCACCAAGGCAGUGCCUGAGUUAUCCAAAGUGGUGUCCCGGGCUGUGCGUCAAACGGUGGCCUGCAGCAUCGGCCGCAUGGUCCAUAUCACAAUAGACACCUGGGGCGACAGGCAAACAGCCAUGUACAUGUCGGUGACGGGACACUGGAUCGCAGAGUUAGCAGGCACCCUCACCAGGCAACACGCCACUCUGUCGGUGUGCACCUUUGAAGGCUGCUCUGCCCCAGAGGACAUUUGCCACAAGUUGCAAGAAGUCCUCCAGGAUUGGCUGUGCGAUCUGAAGACGGGUGGCAUAGUGUCCGACAGCGGAACCAAUGCAGCAAGGGCGGUGCAAGAGCUGCGCCUCAAGCACGUUCCUUGCCUGGCCCGUUGUCUGAAGCUGGUCACCAAAGUGUUUUUGGCUGGGGAUGCUCAAGUCGAACGUCUCCUGAAAACUUCCAGGAGGAUAUGCAGCUGCUACCGCCGCUCGUCCGCCAUCCGACGGCGUCUCCUGGAAGUACAGGCCAACUUGGGCUUGCGUCAGCCUCUGGGGCCAAAUGCUCAAGCGAGGUCCAACUCCACCUUGCUGAUGUUGGAGUGCCUGUAUAGGCAGCGUCAAGCCAUCGGGGCCAUGCUGGAUGAAGACGAAGAGGGCUCCCAUCUGCUUUUGGCGCCCGCAGACUGGAAGGUGAUGAAGUGCUUGGUGGAGAUCUUGAAGCCGUUUGAGGAUGCCACUGCGCUGGUUAUUCGGCCUGACGCAACUCUCUGCCAAGCCCUUCCUCUCCUGUGGUUCUUGGAGGAACAGCUCAGGGCGUUGCGGACCAGAUACUACCAAGAAAAUAAUAAUACCGCAGCUCGCCUGACCACGCAGGCGUUGGACUGCCUUGAGGCUGACAAUCAGCUGCGGGAAAUAAAGGACAAUAUGAUGUAUCGGAUCGCGGCCUUCCUUGACCCCCGAUUCAGAGACAUCACCACCAUGAAGCUGGGUGGGACGGACCUGAGUGACGCCGCCCUGCUGAAGGAGCGCAUCGUUGACUUGGCCACCAGGUCCUAUGUGCCUCCUGGAGGGGCAGAUACAGAGUUCUCGCCACUCAGUCACUCUUCUCAAGACCAAAACAUCAGUUCCGGCAGCUGUCCCGGCUCAGCAGCUUGGCAGUUCACCAUGAAACGCUGGCGGGCCAUCACCAAAAGUGAUCCUGCUUCCAGUUUGGCUUCUGAAGGGGGAGCAGCCACAGCCCUUCGGGAAAUGGAAGAAUAUCUCCACGACAACGUAGACCAUAUUGGAGAAAACGCGGACCCCAUGCUGUAUUGGCAAGGGAAGAUGGCGAUGUGGCCGGCUCUCUUCAAGGUGGCCGUAUUCCACUUUGGGUGCCCGCCAACAUGUUCGUCAUCUUCUGAAGAUCUCUGCGGAACUCCCAGUUCAUCAGGAUCAAGAGACCACCCCAAGAACCUUUCCCCAGCUAACGUUAAAAUGUUUGCGUUCAUCCGUAAGAAUCGCCACCUCAUCCCUCCAGAUUGGAGGCUCUCCCUUGGAGAUCUUUCUUCCCAGAGUCCCCUGGGUCCAAGAGAAGACCUGAGUGUGGAAGAGGAAGAUGACCUUCUAAGACUGGAUGAAGAGCAUGAGGACAAGUGACGAAGAAAACUUCUGGACAUGGAUUG